AUGUCUAGCACAACCAAACGAUCUUUUUUCUUUUGUGGCACUGAUGGCCUUCAGGCAGGCAGCUACGAUGCUCCCAGCGGCAUCCUUAUUGAAAAGGAGGGCGCUCCGUCCCACCUGGCUGUUAACAGGAGCAAGUUUUGGCCUUCUGGCAAGAAGAUUCAUGUGCCUUUCCUUAACGGCAGUCCGGAGAUCCAGCAGAGAGUGAAGCAUUGGGCGCAGUCCUGGGAAGAGUUUGCCAAUAUCGACUUCAAGUUCAUGGCCGACGACGAGCAAGGCCAUGCGGAUAUCCGGGUUGGUUUCCAGUUCGGGCGAGAUCUAGGCACCUGGUUGUACAUCGGCAAGGACGCAGAGGUGGGUGUCAUUGAGCAGAAACAUCCCACCAUGAAUUUCGGCGAACUCAACGGCAACUCUCCUGAAAGCGAGGUCAGCCACAGAGUCCUUCACGAGUUCGGCCACGCAAUUGGUUGCGUACACGAGCACCAAGCCAACCCGAUCAAGUGGGACAACGCACAAGUCAUUGCCGAUUACUUCGAUCACAACUCGAUCAUGUGCUACUGGUUUCCUCCCGAGUGGACCCUGGACAGGCAAUCUGCCCCGGAAAAACUCAUUUUUUCAGACAACAACAAGAGCUUUACGAACAAGAUUUACCCCUUUCGCACACACAACGAUGGCAAGCUUGAAAUCGUCCCGGGCAUCCGAAAGGCGAUGCAUAAUGUCGUCCCUCUGAAUUCGAAAGGCAUUGACUUCGAUCCGCCAUAUCUCACCCCGCCACGCGUGGCUCUCGGCCUCACGCAGCUCGACGAGGCACACAACGCAAACAUCCGCGUGCGACUUGGAGCCGAGGCCAUCUCCAAACAGGGGUUCAUCCUCAGCAUGGACACCUGGGAUGAUUCGGUGAUGGGCUUCAACCUGAUCAUCGAGACGUGGGGAAACACCAUCUGCCACAGCGCUAGUGCCUCGUGGGUGGCCCACCCUGCGGACCUGGAAGGGGUACAGAGCGGCAAGGUCUUCAUUGGCAUGAGUGCGCUGGACAUGGACAGCGCCAAGAACUUGAGAGUCAAGGUCUUCGCGGACAAGAUUAGCUCGGAUGGAUUCACAUGGCACGGAGAGUUCUGGGACGAUAGCAUGCUGUACUCUGUUAGAGCUGACUGGAUUGCUUUCGGCUAG